AACCGAGACCAUCAUACACCCAAAGGGUUCCCGGCCCGUUCUCCACUUCUAUUCUCACACCCUAAUUUUCAUCUCUCCUGUCAAGCGAGGAGAACAAACCAGAGAUCGAUCUUUUCUUCCUCCUCCUCUGUGCGUGUCUUCAGAUCUCCAUCUCAACAACGACCUCGAUCCUCGACCUGGAUCUGGAUCUGGAUUCUGCUCUUCCGUAUUUGAUCGGGAGAUCUCAGAAUACGCUGAAUCUUCGCGAUCGAGGUGAAACUGGGAUAACGAAUUCGGGAGUGGGAGAUCUGAAUCUUCCAAGGAGGAGAAGAGGAAGUAGAUCGUCCUAGGGCUUUGGCUUCGUGCGAUUCCGCAUCGGGAAUUGGGGAUGGAGCAGCUGAAGACGAUCGGGCGGGAGCUGGCAAUGGGCUCCCAAGGGGGCGGGUGGACCGGCCAGUCCAAGGAGUUCCUGGACCUGGUGAAGUCGAUUGGGGAGGCGCGCUCCAAGGCGGAAGAGGACCGCAUCAUCCUCCGGGAGAUCGACUCACUCCGCCGCCGCAUCGCCGAACCAGACGUCCCCCGCCGCCGGAUGAAGGAGUACAUCAUCCGCCUCGUCUACGCCGAGAUGCUUGGCCACGAUGCUUCCUUCGGCUAUAUCCAUGCUGUUAAGAUGACCCACGACGACUCCCUCUCCCUCAAGCGCACCGGCUACCUCGCCGUCACCCUCUUCCUCAGCGACGACCAUGACCUUAUCAUCCUCAUAGUCAACACCAUCCAGAAGGACCUCCGUUCCGACAACUACCUCAUCGUUUGCACCGCCCUAACCGCCGCAUGCAAGCUCAUCAACGAGGAGACGAUCCCCGCCGUCCUCCCCCAGGUGGUCGACCUCCUCGCCCACCCCAAAGAGGCCGUCCGCAAGAAGGCUGUUAUGGCCCUCCACCGCUUCUACCAGCGAUCCCCCGCCUCCGUGUCCCACCUCAUCUCCAACUUCAGAAAGAGGCUAUGUGACAAUGAUCCUGGAGUGAUGGGUGCAACACUUUUUCCUCUUUUUGAUCUCAUUACUGCAGAUGUAAACUCAUAUAAGGAUCUGGUUAUCAGUUUUGUUAGCAUUCUUAAGCAAGUAGCUGAAAGAAGGCUUCCGAAGGCCUAUGAUUACCAUCAAAUGCCUGCUCCAUUUAUUCAGAUAAAGCUGCUCAAGAUUCUUGCACUGCUUGGUAGCGGUGAUAAGCAAGCAAGUGGACACAUUUAUAAUGUACUUGGUGACAUAUUUAGGAAAUGUGAAUCAUCGAGCAACAUUGGUAAUGCUGUGCUAUAUGAAUGCAUAUGCUGUGUUUCAUCCAUCUACCCAAAUGCUAAAGUACUAGAUGCUGCUGCAGAAUCUACUUCAAAGUUUCUGAAGAGUGAUAGUCAUAACCUCAAAUAUAUGGGCAUUGAUGCUCUUGGCAGACUUAUUAAAAUAAAUCCAGAUAUUGCUGAAGAACACCAACUGGCUGUUAUUGAUUGCUUAGAGGAUCCUGAUGAUACCUUAAAGCGCAAGACCUUUGAGUUACUAUAUAAAAUGACAAAAUCUACAAAUGUUGAAGUGAUAGUUGACCGUAUGAUUGAUUACAUGAUAAGCAUCAAUGACAAUCACUACAAAACAGAGAUUGCAUCACGUUGUGUUGAGCUUGCUGAACAGUUUGCACCAAGCAACCAAUGGUUUAUCCAGACCAUGAAUAAGGUCUUUGAGCAUGCAGGCGAUCUUUUAAAUGUUAGAGUGGCACAUAAUUUAAUGCGACUAAUUGCUGAAGGAUUUGGAGAGGAUGAUGAAGGUGCUGAUAGCCAGCUGAGAUCCUCAGCAGUGAAUUCUUACUUACGUAUUCUUGGGGAACCAAAGCUUCCAUCUCUAUUUUUGCAGGUCAUAUGCUGGGUUCUUGGGGAAUAUGGAACUGCAGAUGGAAAAUAUUCUGCUUCUUAUAUAAUUGGGAAGCUAUGUGAUGUGACGGAGGCCCAUCUGUGUAAUGAUACAGUCAAGGCAUAUUCAAUAUCAGCUGUCAUGAAAAUUUGUGCAUUUGAAAUUACUGCAGGAAGGAAUGUGGAAAUGUUGCCUGAGUGUCAAAGCCUAAUUGAUGAACUGUCUGCAUCACAUUCGACAGACUUACAGCAACGUGCAUAUGAACUACAAGCCUUGCUAUGCUUAGAUAGUCAAGCUGUUGAAAGUGUCAUGCCACUAGAUGCAAGCUGUGAGGACAUUGAGUUUGAUGGGAACCUCUCAUUCUUGAACAGUUUUGUUCAACAAUCUAUUGAAAAGGGAGCAAGGCCUUACAUUCCUGAGAGCGAACGAUCAGGCACGUUCAGUGUCAGCAAUUAUAAUAGCCAAUACCAGCAUGAAGCUUCGAGCCAUACGCUUAGGUUUGAAGCAUAUGAACUCCCGAAACCCUCACCUACACCUGCUACACCUCAAAUCUCAGUUUCAACACGAACUACUGAUCUUGUUCCAGUGCCUGAGACGACUUACUACUAUACAGAAAAUAACCAGGCUUCUAAGUUACCACCAGUCUCCGAUGCCUCUUCCGCAGAUCAUGGAAUUAAGCUUCACCUCGAUGGUGUUCAGAAGAAGUGGGGUAGGCCUACAUAUUCGUCUUCUUCAUCUAGUACUUCUUCGGAGAAGAAAACAAAUGGAGUUACCCGUAUUGAUGGGGUUAGCUCACAGUCACGAGGUACCUUGUAUGAUUCAAAAGGACAACAGUCUGAAGUUUCAGCUGAAAAGCAAAAGUUAGCAGCUUCACUUUUUGGUGCCUCAGCUGGUAAAACUGAGAAGAAACUGGCAUCCACCCAAAGGGCGCUCAAGGCUACCACAGCAACUGCUGAGAGACCAGGUGUUACUAGAGCUGUCAGUCCUGAGAUUUCCAAACAGAAAGCUGCUUCUUCUCCCCCUCCUGAUCUACUUGAUUUGGGUGAACCAAUCACUACUACCACUCCAACCAUAGAUCCCUUUGAGCAAUUGGAAGGGCUGAUAGGGCCAACACCGGGCCCAUCAACGCUCGAUAACUCUGUUACAACUAGUGAGCAAAAGGCACCUGAUCUGAUGACAUUGUACACAGAUACACCACCAUCAAGCAGCAGUUCCAUCAGUUCGGCUUUGGUAGACAUACAUUCCGCUGAUAAGAACUCGCAAAUGGCUAAAAAUGUGCCAUCAGUAAAGAAAGGCCCAAAUCCACAAGAUUCUUUGCAGAAGGAUGCAACUGCAAGGCAUGUGGGUGUGACUCCGACAGGAAAUAACCCCAACUUGUUCAGGGACUUGCUGGGCUGAAAGGCACAUGGUGUGGUUCCCGCAUUGCAACACUUCACAUGGAUCUUGAUGUGAAUCCCAUGUUUGAUGAUAGGCCUCAAUGACUUUGGCGGAAUCUUUGACAUUCGAGGGAGUGCCCAACUGGUUAUUUGUUUGCUUGCAUCCGUUUGGCCAUACUGGAAAGACGUGCGUUCGAGGGUUGUAGAGAAGAUGUCAUGGGUUUUUAGAUGAGUCCUUGUAUUUAAGAGGCUAAACUUAGGAGUAUAUGUUCUGUAGUGUUGUUGUAUGACUUGGUAGCCAAAUUGUUGGUGCACUUUUUUCUUGUAGAAAGGGACUUCAAUGCACAUGAUAGGGAAGCCAUCAUUGAACCAAUGGUUGGAUGUGUGAGCUUCUUCUCCAUGAGAGCUGUGUUUCUUUUAUUCGCCCCUUUUUCUGUGGAUUCAGCUUCUGUUGAAAUAAACAUUAAAGUUGUCAAUGUA